AAACACCAAUAUCUGGCAACAUCCUUUACAUUCACUUCUUCCAGGAAGUUUAUUCACACAAGACUUAAAACGCCACCGAUGGACGAUACGAAUGCAAGAUGGAUGUUGCAAACCGCUCGGACUUUUACAUUGGUCUGGCACUUGCUGUAAGCUCCACUAUCUUCAUCGGUGGCAGUUUUAUAUUGAAAAAGAAGGGGCUCCUACGUCUGGCAACAAAGGGUUCCACUAGAGCAGGUCAAGGAGGAUAUGCAUACUUGAAAGAAUGGUUGUGGUGGGCAGGACUAAUAUCAAUGGGAAUAGGCGAGGCUGCAAAUUUUGCAGCAUAUGCAUUUGCACCUGCCACAUUAGUAACGCCACUGGGAGCACUGAGUGUAUUGGUCAGUGCUGUGCUCUCAUCAUAUUUCCUGAGUGAACGAUUGAAUAUCCAUGGCAAGAUUGGCUGUUUGCUGUGCAUCUUCGGCUCCACAGUUAUGGUGCUCCAUGCUCCACAAGAGGAAGAGGUUGCUUCUUUGACUGCAAUGGCAGAGAAACUCAAAGAUCCAGGAUUUAUUGCAUUUGCUGUCUGCAUUGUCGUGAGCAGCCUGAUCCUGAUUAUCUUUGUCGCUCCUCGCUAUGGUCAGAAGAAUGUUCUGGUCUACAUCCUCAUCUGCUCUGUGAUUGGUUCAUUAUCAGUGUCCUGCGUGAAAGGCCUCGGCAUCGGCAUCAAAGAGCUGUUUGGUGGAACGGCAGUACUCAAAGAUCCACUCUUCUGGGCCCUGCUCAUAUGCCUCGUGGUCUGCAUAAGCAUCCAGAUCAGCUAUCUAAAUAAAGCCCUCGACAUCUUUAACACCUCUAUCGUCUCACCUAUUUAUUACGUCUUCUUCACCACAUCCGUCAUGGCCUGUUCAGCCAUUUUGUUUAAAGAGUGGCUUCGGAUGUCCACCGAUGAGGCUGCUGGGACUGUUAGUGGCUUUCUUACCAUCAUCAUUGGUAUUUUUCUUCUCCACGCGUUCAAGGAUAUUAACUUUAGCUUAGAUUCUCUUCCUUUGUAUCUGCAUCACGGACUUCGAGGCCAGGCGUAUAUCGCUUUGCCCACCGAUGAGAGAAUUGAUGAAAGCAGUCGGACUAAAGAAAGAAGCGCAACGUUUUUUCCUGAGAGUUCAGACAAGAGGAGCAAUGGCACAUUUAUUACCUAGUUAAAAAUGCUUGAUGCUAGUGACUACUGUAUGCAGCUCAUUUUGCAAAUCAUUUACACUGUGAGGGUGCUUUAAUUAGGCUUUUGUUGUGUUUUUUGGGGUACUUUUAUAUGAUAAAAAUUGACUUAAGAUAUUAAAAGUGUUGAUAAUCUAUUAGAUUAACAUAUUAGUUAAGGGUUUCAUUUCAAUUUUUUAUAAAUUGAUUAUAAAUCAGACAUCUUCCCCAUAAAUAACAUUGAGAAAGCCUGGGAGGAGGACCUUGGUAGUCCACUCUCAGAUGAUAUGUGGAAUGGCAAUCUCCGUCAGGUUCACUCAUCAUCUAUUUGUGCUCGACAUUCUCUUCUUCAGUUUAAAAUAGUACAUAGAGCUCAUAUAUCUAACGUUAAAUUAGCUGAAAUGUUUCCUGGUAUUAGUUCAUUGUGAAAUAGAUGCCAGGCCGCUGAGGGUACAUUAAUGCACAUAUUUUAGAUUUGCCCUAAAUUUGAAAACGUUUGGAGAUCAAUAUUCGAUACACUUUCUGUUGUGCUUCAAUAUAGAUUUGCGCAGGAACCACUUGUGGAAAUAUUUGAAAUCAUCCCAGAAGACUCAUGUUUGACUUUCCCAACGUGUAAGAUUCUUGCCUUCUCUUUUUUGUAAGCACGCAGAGCAAAUCUGCACAAGUGGAAAGAUCCCCUUCCACCCACCUUUAUUCAAUGGACCAGAGAGAUGAUGUCUUGUCUUUACCUUGAAAAAAUGACAGCCUUUUAUUGAUUAUGUUGACCAUGUUAAGUAAUGCCCUACUAAUAUAAAUGUUUGUAUUUUUUUCUUAUGUUUUGCUUUGUUUUUUUGUUGUUAUUAUUAUUAUUAACAUUGGUAUGGGGUAUGGUAUGGUGUGGUAUGGGUCAGUUGGCAUUUCUGUGUGGAGUUUGCAUGUUCUCUUCGUGUUCACGUGGGUUUCCUCCGUAUUCUGUAUAGGUGAAUUGGGUAAGCUAAAUUGUCUGUAGUGUAUGUGUGUGAAUAAGUGUGUAUGGAUGUUUCCCAGUACUGGGUUGCAGCUGAAAGGGCAUCUGCUGCGAAAAACAUAUGCUAAAUAAGUUAGCGGUUCAUUCCGCUGUGGCAACUCCUGAUUAAUAAAAGGACUAAGCCGAAAAUGAAUGAAUGAAUGAAUGAACACUGAUGUUUCUCCAAAUACGUGUAAUUUUGGUUUGAAGUAAUUGACAGCUAUGUUUUAUUCUAUUCUUGGUAAGGGUUAUAGGGUUUGUGAAUGGAUAAAUUUGAAAAUGAAUAAAAAAUAUUCUAACAAAAAACGUUUAAGUUUUUAGUUUCAUGCAAAAGUUGACUUGUCAAAAUCACCAAAAUUGACACUUUACAAUUUGUAGAAACCCCAUAUAUCUGCACACAUACUGUACAGUCCUGUAAUCUGAUGUUUUAAUUUGGUUUGGCCUAUUGACCUUAUUCUUCAUGUACGUUUUCUGCCAUUUACUAUUCCUAAUCAUUCUCCUGAAUUGGAAGUUCUAAAACACAUUGCAGAAUAAGCUCUAUAGACUGAAC